AUGCUGUUUCCUAGGCAAGGAGGCAAGGGAGCCCAGCGCCUGCUGCUCUUCGUUUUGCUCCUCGCAGCCUGGAAGGCUGGGAGUGGUCAGGUCCACUACUCGGUCCCGGAGGAGGCCAAACACGGCACCUUCGUAGGACGCAUCGCGCAAGACCUGGGGCUGGAGCUGGCACAGCUGGUGCCACGCCUGUUCCGGGUGGUGUCCAAAGGCCGUGGGGACCUUCUGGAAGUAAAUCUGCAGAAUGGCAUUUUGUUUGUGAAUUCUCGCAUCGACCGCGAGGAGCUUUGCGGGCUGAAUCUGGAGUGCAGCAUCCACCUGGAGGUAAUUGUGGACAGGCCGCUGCAGGUUUUCCAUGUGGAGGUGGAGGUGAAGGACAUUAACGAUAACCCACCGGUUUUCAGAGGGAGAGAACAAAGGUUAUUUAUUCCUGAGUCUAGACUGGUGGAUUCACGUUUCCCGAUAGAGGGUGCUGCUGAUGCGGACAUUGGGACCAAUGCUCUAAUAACUUACACCCUCAGCCCCAGUGAUUAUUUCUCUUUGGAUGUACAGGCAAGUGAUGAACUGAGUAAGUCACUUUCACUUGAAUUGAGGAAAUCUUUGGAUAGAGAAGAAACACCAGAACUUCGUUUAUUAUUGACGGCCACUGAUGGGGGCAAACCAGAGCUGGAAGGUACAGUUCAGCUGCUGAUCACAGUGCUGGACGUUAAUGAUAAUGCCCCAUUGUUUGCCCAGGCUGUGUAUAGAAUCCAUUUAUUAGAGACUACAGCAAAUGGAACAUUAGUGACUACAUUAAACGCCUCUGAUGCCGAUGAAGGUGUAAAUGGCGAAAUUGUCUUUUCCUUUGGCAGUGAUGUUCCCCUAAACAUUCAAAAAAACUUCAAAAUUGAUUCCAGCUCAGGAGAAAUUAGGCUAAUUGGUAGACUGGAUUAUGAAGAAACAAAAUCUUAUGAAAUUCAUGUAAAAGCAGUUGAUAAAGGAAGUCCUCCAAUGUCAAAUCACUGCAAGGUUUUAGUGAAAGUGCUAGAUGUAAAUGAUAAUGCUCCACAACUGGCAGUCACAUCUCUGUCUUUGCCGGUCAGAGAGGACACUCCACUCAGCACCGUCAUUGCUUUUGUUUCCGUGUCCGACCGCGACUCCGGUGUCAACGGGCAGGUGACCUGCUCUCUGACGCCUCACAUCCCCUUCAAGCUGGUGUCCACCUUCAAGAAUUACUAUUCGCUGGUGCUGGACAGCGCCCUGGACCGCGAGAGAGUGGCGAACUAUGAGCUGCUGGUGACCGCACGGGACGGGGGCUCGCCUUCGCUGUCGGCCACGGUCAGCGUGUCCGUGGAAGUGGCCGACGUGAACGACAACGCGCCGACAUUCGCGCAGGCCGAGUACACGGUGUUCGUGAAGGAGAACAACCCUCCCGGCUGCCACAUCUUCACGGUGUCCGCGCGGGACGCGGACGCGCAGGAGAACGCGCUGGUGUCCUACUCGCUGGUGGAGCGGCGGGUGGGCGAGCGUGCGCUGUCGAGCUACGUGUCGGUGCACGCCGAGAGCGGCAAGGUGUACGCGCUGCAGCCGCUGGACCACGAGGAGCUGGAGCUGCUGCAGUUCCAAGUGAGCGCGCGCGACGCGGGCGUGCCCCCGCUGGGCAGCAACGUGACGCUGCAGGUGUUCGUGCUGGACGAGAACGACAACGCGCCCGCGCUGCUGCCGCUCUGGUCGUACUCUCAGCAGAGGCGGCAGAGGGUGUGCUCUGGGGAGGGUCCGCCCAAGACCGACCUCAUGGCCUUCAGCCCCAGCCUACCUCAAGUUCCAGGCUCCGCAGAUGAAAGACAACAACCCUCAGAGUCAGAACACUUAGGAAAGGUGAGUCUUUUCCAUCGAUUCUAG